ACACCCAUGUUCUAAUCUAAUAAUAAUACCGACGAACAAGGUCAUGGCAGAAAAACAACCCAAAUGUUUGGAGGAAGUUACACUUGACGGAAUCGUUACGCAUAUUAGACAGAAAAUAUUAUUCUCUAACAAUCCUAGAAGCAUCAUUGUGAUGACUGGAGCAGGAUUAUCAACUGAGGCAGGUUUUUCUGAUUCCUUUACACCUGGUAAUAGCAGCUUAUGAAAGCACAAAUGCCUAUCUGACAUGUCAUUCUUUCAAUCUAAUCCCAGGCCAUUUUUUUCUCAUUGUCAAGACAUGUAUUUGGAAAUUUCAAAAGUACAUCCAACUUUGUGUCAUUAUUUUAUUCGACUUCUGGAAGCCAAUGGACUUUUGCUUAGGUGCUACACAGAGAAUAUUGAUACCCUUGAACGAAGAGCUGGAAUAACAGAUGAACAUCUUGUUAAGGUUCACGGAGCUCUCGACACUGCUCACUGCAUCACCUGUGGCAAAGGAUAUUCAUAUGAAUUUGUGAAGGCACAAGCUGGUAAUAUCCCAUUCUGCACAAGUUUUGGCUGUGCCUAUGAACCUAAAGUGGAUAGCGGGACAUACAAAGGAAUAGUUAAACCUGAUGUUGUUUUUGUUGGUGAAGAUCCACCUCGAAAAUUUACUGUACUUGCCAAUGAAGAUUUUCAAAAUUGCAAAUUGUUGAUUAUAAUUGGCACCUCUCUUACUGCAAAACCAUUUGCUUCUCUUCCUAGCAAAGUAAGAGAUGAUUGUCCACGUUUGGUUAUAAAUAAUAAAAAAUUUGAGGUACAUGCUGAUCCUCUUAGUAGAUUUGGAACGGAUUUUAAUUUUGGUGUUACAGCAUACAGAGAUGUGUUUCUUCGAGCUACAUGCAAUGAAGGAGUGUUAACAGUAGCUAAAAAAAUUGGAUUGGGGGAAGAUUUGAUGGAGUUGUAUAAAAGUGAAAGCCGCUCUCUUGGUAUGUGGCAGGUAGAAGAAGUGCUAGAAAGUGAAGAUCAUUAUCAGCUAAAAGAGAAGGAUUGGGGGUUUCAGAUGCAGAGGAAGCAUUGGGAGCUACAGGAGAAGAAUAGGGAGUAUCAGGAGAAGGAUAAGGAGCUACAGGAGAAGUAUACAGAACUACAGGAGAAGGAUAGGGAGCUACAGGAGAAGGAUAGGGAGCUACAGGUGAAGGAUAGGGAGCAUCAGGUGGUACUGCAAGAUAGUCAGGAAGCACUACGACAGAAGGAUAGGGAGCUACAAGAGAAUAAAAAAACAUUACAACAAAAGGAUAUUGUGAUACUUCAGAAGGAUAGGGAGCUACGUCAGUCUGAAGAUGCAGUUCGUAGGUUCAAGCAACAAGCACUUACUGAUGAUCACUGGGUUAUUAAUAAAGAUGAGGUGACUUUGACAAAGGAGGAGUUAGGAAGAGGAGGAUAUGCUGUCGUUAAAGUUGGUAUUUUUAGAGGUUUAAGAGUAGCUGUCAAGUCACUUCACACUGUCAUCAUCUCAGAUUAUAAUUUAGCUUACUUUUCCAGGGAAAUGAGUAUAGCAUCACAAGUCGUCAUCCUAACCUAGUCCAGUUUAUUGGUGCAACUAAAGUGGAUAAUCCUCUCAUCUUGACCGAGCUGAUGAGCACUAGUCUUUAUAAAAAGCUUCAGGAGACUAAGUUAACCAAUCAACAGAUUCUGAGUAUUGCUCAAGAUGUAGCUUUAGGCCUCAACUACCUUCACCUGUUUAAGCCUCAGCCUAUUAUUCACAGAGAUGUGAGCAGUCCUAACGUAUUAUUAAAGCCUUGCACUGGAGCUGCUGGUUAUGAAGCUAAAGUAUCAGAUUAUGGUGCAGCUAAAUUGCAACAAGGCACUAGUACUGGUACUGUUAUGCCAGGCAAUCCAGCAUAUGCUGCACCAGAAGCUCCUAUUCCUGAUCAACACAGUCCAGCAAUGGAUGUCUACAGUUACUCUGUUCUCCUUAUGGAAAUGAAUUUAUGUUGUAAACCGGAAAUGAUGACAGCAGAGAGAGAAGUACAAUCUCGUGGUGUCUCCUGGUCUGAUAUGAAGUCUCUCAUACAAAGAGGACUUAAUGCUAAUCCUAGAGCUCGUCCUACUAUGGCUCAAGUAAUAGAGUCAUUGAAAA